AUGGAUCGCGUCUUUGAAGGUCUCAUAGGGAACAAUGUCAACGUGUACAUUGACGAUAUUGUCGUGUACGCUGAUGAUUUGGAUACGUUGUUUGAGCGUCUGGACGAGGUGCGCGGGAGGUGCUGCGAGGAAGGUUUGUUUCUUAAGCUGAAGAAGGGUGAAUACGUGAAGCAGGAAGCAAAGCUGUUAGGGUUCAUUGUAAGCGAGGAAGGCAUCAAGCCGGACCCGAAGAAGGUGGCGGACCUGAUGAGAGUGGAAGCUCCGUGUAACGUAAGAGAACUGAGGUCGUUCUUGGGUUCUGUGACUUACCUCAAGAGGCAUAUUCCACAGUUCGCGAGUAGAGUCGCUGGCAUGACUGAUUUGCUCAAAAAGAAGACUGAGUUUGUGUGGAGUGAGGCACGAGAGGAGGAGUUCCAGAGUAUCAAGAAAUCGGUGGCCGAGUGUGUGUUGCUAGCCGCGGCGGCAGACAUUGGAGAGUUCGUGCUAACGACGGACGCCAGUGAUCGGGCGAUAGGCGCCAUGCUAGAGCAGAAGCAGGCCCGAGGGUGUGUUCCAAUCGGGUUUGGUAGCAAGAAGUUGGACGAGUGUCAACAGCGGAUUACUUUUGCGCUGCGCCGUUUACCAUCAGGACUGAUCACCAGAACCUGUUGUAUUUGGCUAACUCUACUAAAGGAAAGCUAUCAAGGUGGUCGUUGUUCGUUGUUCCUACAACAGUUCGACUUUAAGAUAGAGUACCUGAAGGGCACCGAGAACGUGGUGGCUGACUGGUUGUCUAGAGCGAACUUACGAGAAGAUGUCGGGGAGGACGCGGUGGUGGAUCGAAUCCAGAUAGUUUAG